AGUGGCUGGCGGCAGUGGCGGCUCUCGGGGCUGGGUUGUCAGUCAGUGAGCAGAGGGGGAAGAUGGCUCGCUGGGACCCGUUCUGUUAGGAAGAAGGGGGGCAGGUGGUGCUGCUACUCGGGAGAAAGCAGAUCAGCCGCUGUCGCUGUCGCUGCGAGUCAGACAAGUCGAGGUUCUGGAGGUGGAGCUCGGGGAGCCGCUCUGGUCGAAGGUCUAGAACAGAUGUGGAAAGAUGUUCACUUCAGAGAAAGGGGCUGUGGAGGAAUGGUUGUCAGAGUUUAAGACACUACCAGAAACAUCUUUAUCAAAUUAUGCCACAAAUUUGAAAGACAAGAGUUCUUUAGUCUCAUCUCUGUAUAAAGUUAUCCAGGAGCCACAAAGUGAGUUGCUAGAACCUGUCUGUCACCAGCUCUUUGAAUUCUAUCGCAGUGGAGAAGAGCAGUUGCUUCGAUUUACACUGCAGUUUCUUCCAGAAUUGAUUUGGUGCUACCUUGCGGUCUCAGCCAGCAGAAAUGUGCAUAGCAGUGGAUGUAUUGAAGCUCUUCUUCUAGGGGUUUACAAUUUGGAAAUAGUUGACAAACAGGGACAUAGCAAAGUAUUGAGUUUUACGAUUCCAUCUUUAUCCAAACCAUCUGUAUAUCAUGAACCUUCCAGCAUUGGGUCCAUGGCUCUGACUGAGAGUGCACUAUCCCAGCAUGGUUUGUCAAAAGUUGUGUACAGUGGACCUCACCCCCAAAGGGAGAUGCUGACAGCACAGAAUAGGUUUGAAGUAUUAACAUUCCUUUUGUUGUGUUACAAUGCUGCCUUAACCUACAUGCCCAGUGUUUCUCUUCAAUCAUUGUGUCAAAUUUGUUCAAGAAUCUGUGUUUGUGGCUAUCCCCGACAACAUGUAAGAAAAUACAAAGGUAUAAGUAGCAGGAUACCAGUUUCUUCAGGAUUCAUGGUGCAAAUGUUAACAGGGAUUUAUUUUGCCUUUUAUAAUGGAGAAUGGGAUCUAGCUCAAAAAGCAUUGGAUGACAUUAUAUACAGAGCUCAGCUAGAAUUAUAUCCAGAGCCAUUGCUGGUGGCUAAUGCCAUAAAGGCUUCAUUGCCUCAUGGUGCCAUGAAAUCUAGUAAGGAGGGUACAAGGUGUAUUCAAGUUGAAAUCACACCAACUUCCUCUAGAAUAUCAAGAAAUGCAGUAACCAGCAUGUCAAUAAGAGGUCACAGGUGGAAAAGACAUGGAAAUGCGGAAUUAACAGGUCAAGAAGAACUGAUGGAGAUAUCUGAAGUUGACGAGGGAUUUUAUUCCAGGGCUGCGUCUAGUACCAGCCAGUCGGGUUUAUCAAACAGUAGUAACAAUUCUAGUAACAAGACAAGUGUAGGAAAGACUCAGAGACGGUCAGCAGGAAGCAAAACUGGAGGAAAAGAAAAAGAAACUACAGGGGAGUCUUGCAAAGAUCACUUUGCCCGAAAACAAACUCAAAGAGCCCAGAGUGAGAAUCUUGAGCUUCUCUCUUUGAAGAGACUGACGUUAACUACCAGCCAAUCUCUGCCUAAACCUUGUAGCCAUGGUUUGGCUAAGACUGCCGCAACUGUGUUCAGUAAAUCCUUUGAACAAGUCAGUGGUGUCACAGUCCCACAUAACCCAUCAUCUGCUGUUGGCUGUGGGCCUGGGACAGAUGCCAAUAGGUUUUCUGCUUGUAGUCUCCAAGAAGAAAAGCUUAUUUACGUUUCUGAAAGGACUGAACUUCCAGUGAAGCAUCAAUCAGGUCAGCAGAGACCUCCUAGUAUUAGCAUUACUCUGUCCACAGAUUAAUUUGUAAUAGUUUUCUCACCUAACCAGCAAAUCUAGAGAGACAACUUUGCUUCUUUAUGACAGUGCCCAGGGUCUGUCAUCCCUAUUCCAGACAGGAGCCCUGAUGUCUCAAAUUCUGAAGGCUACCUUGACUUUAUGAAGGGAAUAAUAUGUAGGUUGCAGUAAGUUGAAAUAUGGUUUUGUUAUUUCUUGGGUGUAUUUUCCCCCUUGAUUUUAGUCUUUUUUUCUUUCUUAUUUGUUUCUGUUGCCCUAAGAUUGUCAGUGUAACAAUACAUUUUGGCAGGUUGUCUGAUCAGAUUGGUUACAUCUCAUGAGAGGUUGUGAGUUCUUAUUUUUUAAUAACUCCUACUUUGGUAGUUGUAUGUUUGGCCUUCAGAGUCAAAGGGAAUCUCCAUGUAUGGGAACUGUUUCUGAAAGAAGGAGGCAGAGGUGCAGCUCCGGGAAGUCUCCAGCUGACGUGCAGCAUGGCAGUCUGAAAAACAGGCACGUGAGAAAACAAAAAUGAUGUGUAUGAAAAGUGUCUGAUAAAAAUGUUUGUAAUCAGAUUAGAUUAUCCUUGAGAUUAGUGAAAUUGUUGAUAUAAAGCACUGGAAAAUGCCUUCUAACUCAGUACCUAGACUAUUCUAUAAUUCCAGGGACUGGGUAGAGGAAUUUCUGUUGUUAUCUUUGGAACAUUUUUAUAUCAAAAAUCAGAUUGCUAGUAGAUGUGUUGUUUUGAAGUAUUUGAUCUGGAUUUAGCAAGUGAAAAUCCCCUUCAGUUCCUAAAAUGUAAUAGGCUAUGAAGCUCAUUUACCCUGCUGCUUGACUUUGGAAACCCUAGGUAGUUUGGUUUCUUAUAAUUCAAAGCACACAUCAUUGAAGACUUCCUGGAAAUCAUUGUAAAUUGUGCAACACAGCUCUCAAGAUACCAGUGUCAACCAUAUAAUACUGAAUUGUUUGUCGGCAAAUGAAGGAUAUUAGGUAAAUUUUUCAUCUAUAAAAUGUCAUGAAAGAAAAUAUAGAGAAAUAUGGACAAAGGACAUUUAUACAUUAACUAAUUUAGGUUAUUUAUGUUUGUGUUCUUAAAUUUAGAAUUAUAAAAUGUGAAAAAAAUUCAAUUCUUUUUGUGAACAGGCCUAAUUUAAAUAUUCUUGUAAUGAUAGAAUAAUCAAUGUAGUUGCCCCCAACCAAAAAAUAAAAAUGAAAAAGGCAAUAUGGCAGAAGCUAAACAAACUUGUUUGUAGCUACGGAGAACUACGUGACCUCUAGAUAGACGUAAAAGUUUGGCGUUUGCUAGUGGUAGUUGUUUUGGCUAUUGAGGUUCCCUGUAAAUCAAGUAUACUUAACUAAUAAUGCAGAGGGAGGGAGAGAAAGCAAGGCUGAGGAUGAGAGUAAGUUGACUGGGAAGGAAGGCCUAGGGAGCAGUCCCCUCUUUGUCUCUUGCACUGUUAUUACACAGUGGCUUCCUUAUUUGCCGUCCCUCGCUGUGGUCACACAGAACAUGCUAGUUUUCCUUUUGUGCCUGCUUAUGCAGAGCUCAAAUGUGAGAAAUUCGUAUGUCCUGAGGAGUGCUAAAGCAUACACUAUAAAUGCAAUUUUUACUGUAACUGCUUUGGCUACCAUUUUAAAUCUAAUUCUUCAAAAAACAUGAACUAGUUUUCAUUCAUUAACUCUGACUAGAAUAUGGUUUUUAAUAUAAGUGAAUUUGAGUUUUUUAGUUCCAGUAAUAGAAAUGGAAUAAGAUCUAUUGGCAUAAAUUGUAGUAGAAAAAAAAAAAGACAACCAGACAGUGAAAGUUGAUAUUGUAUUAAUUUAACAGGAAUCCUGUGUACAUUUAAAAUAUUUUAAAAUGUCACUGUGAAUUUCCUAUUGUCUUUUUGUAGUUCUUUAACGAAGAAUUUCCCCUAGGCAUGUAGCUACUAACAGUAUUAAUAGUCUUAAGAACUACUUUAGAAGAUUGGCAUUUUAAGCAAGUUAAGGUGCUUAGGAAACUUGUAGAAAAAGUUUGAGGAAACAGUUGACACAAAUGAGAGAUCAGAUUUUAAUCAUCAGCUGCUAUAAUGGAUCUUCAUUUUGGUAUUAUUCUAGAUCAUUGCUACUCCUAUAGUCUGAGGACCAGUAUAUAGCAUUGGCAUCAGUAGGCAUCUUGUUAAAAAUGUAGAACUUCAGAGCCACCUUUGAUCUACUGAAUCAUAACCUGCAUUUUAACAAGAUCCUCAAGUGAUUUUUAUGCACAUUAAAGUUUGAGAAGAGAGUAUUAAAGUACAAACAAAUUACUUACCUAGUAUUUAGAAUUCUCAGUGGUCUCACAACCCUAGAUCAAAUAUGUUAGAUAAUAAAUAUUAUAAUCUUCAUUGUUUUUAACAGCUAAUGAAUUUUUUUUUUUUAAAGAUUUUAUUUAUUUAUUUGACAGAGAGAGACACAGCGAGAGAGGGAACACAAGCAGGGGGAGUGGGAGAGGGAGAAGCAGGCUUCCUGCUGAGCAGGGAGCCCGAUGCGGGGCUCGAUCCCAGGACCUUGGGAUCGUGACCUGAGCCGAAGGCAGACGCUUAACGACUGAGCCACCCAGGUGCCCCAACAGCUAAUGAAUUUUUAAUAGUGUCUGUAACACUUAUUAGAUCCUCUAAUUCUACAUUUUUAAUGAUUUUUCAUUUUUACAAUAAAAAUAUAACAUUUUGUAUUUUUCUUGUUAACUAUAAAUGGAAUCAGAGCUGUGGAUGCCUACAAUUUUAGGUGUGAAAGGGGUACCAUCCUUUUAUACAAUGCACAACAAAUCUGCAUGUGUAUAUUCUUCUAAAAACUCUGAAGGCUUACUCAGUGGAGUGGAUCUGAAUUUAUGGUUCAAAUAAUUUGCACCAGUUGAUUUUCUGGGGUGUGAAGUUAUGUUAACAGUAAAAUUAUUUAUAGGACCUUUGAUACUGUUUCAAAUAAGGAUUAUACAUUUGAAAAUUUUUAUAGCAAUUAUAAAUAUUGGAUAAUGCUAACUUCGGUAGCAAUUACAAUGAUCCCUAUUGCUCUCUUCCCACUCAUCUCUCCAGAUUGAGUUGGAGUCACGUUUGUAGGUUGUUUUCUCAUGAAGAUCCUGAUGUAGCCAUUUGGUCACAGAUCUCCUAUAUAUCCAGAAUAAUACCCUUUACCACAAGAAGGAUUCUACGCAAAAUGGGUCCUUGUACCCCGUACUUCAAAGGAUCUGAACAGAAAUUGUAGUUCUAUUCCACAUUUUAGGCCAUUAGAGGUUCUUGAAAUUACCCAACCUCUCACUCUUCAAAUACCCAACUACCUGAGGUAUUCUAAUGAAGCUGGGUCCCAGCAUUUGCCUUUGGAUUGAAGUGGGGGAGAGAAACAAAGUAGACUUUUCAAGAGGACCCAGGACAAGUGAGCACCCCGGAUUCCCUUGUACACCACCAUGGAACUUUUUAAGGCAGGUCUGUAGACUUGAAGGUUAUAAAUCCUCAGUCCUUAAAUGAUGACACAAUUUGCUUUGAAUAAGCAAUAUUUCAUUGCCCUUUUCAAUUAUGAAGCAACUGCUUAGCAAACAUUAUUCACAUAAAAACAAAAAGUUGAAUUAGAGGGAAAUAUAUUUUUUAAACAAAAUAGAUAAAAAUGAUCUGAGUUCUAAGGGGUUUUGCCGAUUUUGGAAGAAUAAAAUUAAAAUGUUAAAACCUUUACAUUUAAAUUAUAGAGAAAAAAAAGUACUCUGAAACAUAGUUUUAAACAAAUAUUUAAAAUAAGGCUGUUUAACAUUUGAGUUUAUAGGCACAAUAAAUUUACACUUUAUUAAAGGGAAGCACAUCAAGGAAUCUUUAUGGUAAAUAAUGUGACUGAAAAAAAUAUUUUUAAAAAAGCCAUUAAAAAGAAGAAUAAUUUGAUGGGUACAUAAAUUAGCAUUGUAGAUAGAAAUUAAUGUAUAAUAAAUAGUGUAUUCCCAAUCUUUGGGUGAAAAAUAAAAACUCUCUGUUUCUUUAAUUAGCAUGAAUUUAUACUUUUAGAUUAGUUGCUUAGUAAAAUUAUACUUAACACUUUGAGUUAUUCACGUUUGUUUAAUUUGUUAAAUUCUUUAUCAGAAAAAUACAUAGUCUUCUGUACUUUGUAAUUUGUGCGUAUCUAAAGAGACUAGCAGUGAACAUUUUGGAAGAUGUUUUUGUGUUUUUUUAUAGUAGAUUUCUAGAGUACCUGUGUCUUGACGUGAAGUUUCUCUUAGUAAACUCGAGAUCUUAUUUUGCAUACCUUUGCUUCCUCUUAUGUGGAGUUUUUUUGUGUACCUCUUAUCUUCUAAUCAUGUAGUGAUACUCAUCUUUUCAUAGUAAAUAUACUUGUUUCUAAUUGUAUUCCUAGAGUUUACAUUCCUAAGAAUAAACUAUGACUUUGCAUAUUUUUAUGUGCUCUCUACCUUUUUAAGGCCAUGGAAAUAAACUGGAGUUUAGUUUUUUGAAGUUUUGUGUAUUUGUGUAAAUGUCCAUAUGCAAUACUUUAUACAACAGUGUUGCCUCUUGUUUUAUUGAAAUAAAAACUGAAAAAAUG